AUGUCAUCGACCCAAGACACGGAGGCCGAGAGUUAUAGCGAAGAAUUCAAAGCAUUGCGACGGAAGCUCUUGGAAUAUCCUAUAGGAGAAGACUAUCCUAAAUUUAAGGAACGCCAGAAGCAUGCGGUAAACCCUGGGAAGGCACGAGAGCUGUGGAACACAGUCUUGUCAGAGUGUCGUACGCGAAAAUCGAGGGAAGGUAAUGGGUAUCACCCACGGGCGAUGGAUCGUGGAUGGAAUAGAGUUGAGCGUCAUUGGGUUCCGUAUGAUGGAGACUCACCGAAAUUAAUGGACGAGCCAUGCCUGGCGAUGGACAUGUUUACAGACGGAUCGAAGGCAAAUCCGAGGACGAUGAGCUUGACGAAGAACGAUCGGAAGGAGAAUCGGAUAUUGAAAAUGAUAUGCACGAGGAGGAUAAAACGACACAUGAGCCGGAUAGGAGCAUUACACUGGAAGGCUCCGAUCAAAGAAGUAAAAGCCAAGGAGAGGUACCUCGACGCCCUUCGACCGGGCGACUUGAAGCGAUUGUCAGCAUUAAGCGGCAACUGCAGCAGCCCCAGCCCAUCUCUGGACUGUUGUCGCCGCUGGAACUUCGAUUGCGCAUUUACAAGCUUCAUAUGA